GAAAGGGAGUCGGGAUUGGGAUACAGGCUUGUAAAUAUGGCCGCCUUGGUGAAGAGAGUUUCGCCAGGAUGGCAUCUUUACAACAACUGGAAUUUUACAACGGCCCGUUUUAUUCAGAAGGGUAAUUUUAAAAGGAAAAAAAGGACGCUGACAUCCCAACGAGUCUUUCUUUUGGCUACAGAAGAAAUUGUGAUAGCUCCACCCAAACCUCCAAAAGAUAUUUCCUGUACCAAAUACAAGGCAGCCAGUAACAUGUAUAAAGAGGAAGUGCCAAACCCAUAUUUUGAGUUUCGUAACAAACUCUGUAAGGAGUUUUUAGAAAAGGAUGAAAGUUUCCUCAUUUGCCACAGAAAUCCUGUGACAGCGAGUGCUGUGUAUGAUUAUAGGAUGAAGCUGAAACAAAAAGGAUUUCGCCUUGUAUUUGGGAUGACAAAUACUUUGUUGAGGAAAAAUAUACCGGGUACUAAGUUUGAGGCGCUAGCUCCUUACCUUGUAUCUCACAAUGUCCUCAUAACCAGCUCCAAUGGAUCAGACUUCAGAUCACUGCCUGCACUCCUCAGGAAGAUGCCAGAAUUUAUUCUUUUAGGAGGGUAUGUUGAUGGGAUGUUACUAUCCAGAGACAACCUGUUGAAAUAUUCCAAACUGCCUGAUUUAGAUACCUGUCGGAGUGAAACAGCAGGAAUAUUAAGCCUAAUAGCUGGAGGAAAAACAUCGUCAUUGAUAUAUUCUCAUGCACAAACUCUUGGUGCUAAUUUGAAACAAUAUGAAAAACAGAUAAAGGAGGAAAGUGACUGAAUACAAUCAUGUUUUUAAAACUGAAAAUAAAUUG